AUGCACCGGGCCAGCAUGCAGCCCACGACGCCCACGGAGUCCGUAGAUGCUGUCGCCGUCGGUCCCUCCGAUGCGCCUUCUCAGCAUGGGACGUUUGCUCUUGAAAAUUCUUCCCAAGAUGACCUGUCUGUGGCCCUCUCGUCGCCAAGCUUAUCGCGAAAUCAGCUACCUUUUCUUCCCACAUACCCUGGCGCUCAAUUUGAAGCCACGCGCAUCUCUGCCAUGGACAACCUCGUGGAAACAUAUCUCUCGUCCCUAGAGACCCCCUUGGACAACAAGCCUCCCUUUCCACACGACAUAGUCCACGUCGUGAUCUUGACAUGCUCAGAACUAUUGACGCAGCAAUCACAGAUAUACGCCUCCUCAAAUGACAUGAUACCUCUUAUCGAAUUGUACCCUGAGCUGAUCGAUAUCAGCCGCGAUUGUUGGGAGAGGAAGUCUUAUCAAGCCCUUCGAGAACUCGAACUGUUCUGGCCAAAGGCUGUCAAGCAGGCUGGCAGAAACCUCUUUCAACGUCGCAUACCAAAUCCACCAUCCGAACCUGAAGUCAUUCCCGUUGAGCUCGCGUGGACGGCACCAUACACAUCAGAUUACCAUGAGAUCCUGCUCAGGUCGAUCAAGGAAAUGAUGGAAUAUGGAGAGCAAAAUGAUUACUCAAACACUGUUGCUAUUUUACAAAGUUCAGGAUCCGGGAAAUCACGAAUGGUAGAUGAGAUGGCAUCCAUAAUCUUUACCAUUCCAUUCAACUUGCGUGAAGAUCGGGAUAAUCAUGGAUUGGCGUGGCCGCCUCCGGACAAAGCUGUGCGGGAUAUACUGAAACACGCGGCAGUCGAUUAUGCAGCACAGCGCCUCAUCUAUUUCGAGUUUUUCACUGAGCUUUUUGCUCUUGUCAAGAUUGAAUUGGAUGAGCUCCGCCGGACGGGUGAGACAGAAGACUUGGUCAUCGCCUGGAAGAAACAUCUAUUACAACCCUCUCGGCCGACAGUAGUCCUCGAUAAGAAAACCCCUCUUAUCGAUAACAAGAAUACACACAGUCCCAAGAGCGCAGCAAGCGCUGCGGCUGUAAACGCACUUCGCGAGUUGCUUCUCACCCUCACCCGAUCCACUACAGAAACUACGACAAGUACAGUCAAGCUUGUCAUCUAUUUUGAUGAGUCACACGUUCUUACCGAGGGGCCUACGUUGAAGGACGAACAGAAGGACAAGGAAUAUGACAAGACGCAAUAUGACACCCUCCUCUCGGUGUUCAAUAGCUUCAAGGCGUUUCCUAUCUUUGCCAUCUUUUUAUCUACUACAUCUCGAAUUUCCUACUUUGCUCCCCCGAAGUCAGAAGCCAAAUCCUCACGCGCAUACAACAGUAAUUAUUUGCAAGCCCCAGUGUCGGAGACUCCGUUUGAUAUUACUCCUGGGUUAGAGAUUGUGCCUGGGACACUCAGCGUCCAAGAUGUGUCAAAAGUUUCAUUUAUGACGCAAUUCGGAAGGCCCUUGUGGUGGACAAUGCUGAGAGCGAUGAACCCGACGGACCCUGAUCAGGUUAAUCAAUAUGAGCGCAUACUCAUCCUCUUAGCACGGAGCAAGUUGUCCGGCCAACCAAAUCCCAAUGUUGAGGCAAGACCUUCCGAUACCGCUGCGUUGGCCAUUGCAGAUGUCCGUCUUUGUUUCGAUUAUGAACCAACUCGACCGAAGAACGAGAACAUUGUUAACGAUCUUGUGGCAAGCCACAUGCGCACUGUAUUUUCAAUGCCCUCACACCGUGAAUACUUCCGAUCGGGGUAUCCCAGCGAGCCGAUCUUGGCAGAGGCAGCAGCCGAGCAGCUCGAUUAUUGGCGAUCCAACGUGAAGGAAACCUUUCUCAUUGACACCCUGGAACACCACAUGAAGAAUGGUCUUCUGAAUACGGGUGAGCGAGGGGAAGUUGUGGCGCGCGCGCUGCUCACAGAAGCUUACGAUCGCGCGGUCAAAAGAGAAGACCCAGAAAAAUUUGGGCGAUUCAGUCGAGGCUGUUCCCUCAUUUCGUUUAUCGAGGAGCUAUUUGAACCCGGUGCUGCUCAAGCCAUACUUGACAGUUACCCCGAUAACAUCCCGAGGGACACUGAGGACCUCAACAGGCAGAAGUUCAGAACGGUAUUCCAAAAAGCCAAGGUCCGCUUCACCCACUUUGUCAAGGUAGAUGACGUGAACGGUAUUACCACGGGGACGUUGUUUCCAGCUUUCGUCCGUGGCAUGGCAUUUAUUGCCAAGACAGGACAGACUAUCAUUGACCUUGGGAUUCCGGUGUUGUUUGUGGAUGAUAAACUUGGUGAAACGGCCAUGACGGCCAUCCUCAUCCAAGUGAAGCGACGCAUAAAGGCCGGAACUGUUGUGGCACUUGAUAUCAGGGCGGAGAAUAUUGGUUUGUUCGUUACGGAGGCCUCACGCCGGCCAUACUGUACCCUCGUGAUGGAGCUCGGCGUACAGCCAGGCUUAGACAAGACCAUCGGUAACAACGGCAAGGGCGAGGAUAUGGGAAAGGGCAAAGCACGUGGGAAAGGCAGAGGCAAGGGACGAGCGCGUCCAUCCACUUCCCCGAAGAUCGUUGCACAGAAUGCCUAUGCUGCUAAGACUCCUUCCAAAGUCCAAGUCAAAGAUUACGGGAUCUCGCGCUCUACCACACGGGCAGCCUCCGAAAACGCGACGAACAACCACCCGCGGUACAGCAUCUUCGUGUACGGCUGUUCGAGCACAGUGUACAAGGGAAUCAGCCAUGGCGACAAACACAAAUAUGCCUUGCUACUCGCAACCCGAGACAUGUUUCACGAGCACGCUCGCCAGCGCAAAGAAGCGCUGCUCAAAGUCUGGCAGCUGAAGCCCGCCUGGUCAGUGCGUCACAAUUGCUAUCAUUGGGUCAAGGGGAUGAAUGUGGGCACGGCGACUGCUGACACCGAGGAGGACGAUGAGGAUAGGGUCGUCGUUUCGGAAUACGACGGAGGCGAGGGUCACCUCCCCGCAUGAUAAAACGCGACGAGUACCUGAAUAUACCGUGUUUCCCGUCGCCAAAUUUGUUUUAGUAUCUUUCGAUGAAUCGUCUACCAUGUUUUCCCCAUGCAAUGCAUAGUUUUGAACCUGGUC